AUGGGGUGGGUGCUCUGUAUUUGGCAUCCCUCCCCUCUUCAGAUCUCUAUUCUGUGGGUUUCACUGACCCGAAACACCUCCAUUUCACCCCCAUCUCGGCAGCUCCCAACCUGCCAGAGUCGCUUCCGCCCCUCCGCCCCUUCCAGCCCCACCUUCCAGCAAGGCUCCCAGUUCAUUGGGAUUUCGCGGUUUCUACGGCUGCAGCUGAUUGGGUCGAAAGAUCGUUUUCUCCCCCGGGAAAAUGGUGGUGAUGGGCGCGGUCGUCGCGUCCCGACGUUCGGCGACCUCGUUUUUUUCGGGGUGCACUACCGGGCCGGAGGCGGGGACAGUGAUGCCUGCAUGGACUUGGCGCUGCUGCAGCCCUUGGAGGCGAAGCGAUCCUGGGGUGGGAAAAGGGAGCGGGCUAGGAGGGAGAGGAGAAGGAGAGACGCCGAGCUAAAAAUCUCAGAGUUUAGAAAAGGGUUAAAGGGGCCUGCAGUUUCCGAUUUCCCGGGGAAAGUCUCUUUGGCGGGGUCCGAACGUUAUAAUCUGGGGGAGGAAGAGGACCUCCCCUAUGAGGAGGAAAUUAUGCGGAACCAGUUCUCUGUCAAGUGCUGGCUUCGCUACAUCGAGUUCAAGCAGGGUGCCCCGAGGCCCAAUCACCAGCUGUAUGAGCGUGCACUCAAACUACUGCCCUGCACUACAAACUGUGGGUACAGAUACCUGAAGGCCCGCCGGGCACAAGUCAAGCACCGCUGUGUCACCGACCCUGCCUACGAGGACGUCAACAACUGCCAUGAGAGAGCCUUCGUGUUCAUGCACAAGAUGCCUCGUCUUUGGCUGGACUAUUGCCAGUUCCUCAUGGACCAGGGUCGGGUCACGCACACACGUCGCACCUUUGAUCGUGCACUGCGGGCGCUCCCCAUCACGCAGCACUCCCGUAUCUGGCCCCUGUAUCUGCGCUUCCUGCGCUCACACCCACUGCCUGAGACGGCUGUGCGGGGCUACCGGCAGCUAAUCCUCAAGGUAAGCCCUGAGAGUGCCGAGGAGUUUAUCGAGUACCUCAAGUCCAGUGACCGGCUGGACGAGGCGGCCCAGCCUGCCACUGUGGUUAAUGAUAGCGCUUCGUGUCCAAAAGCCGGAAAGUCCAACUACCAACUCUGGCACGAGCUCUGCGACCUCAUCUCGCAACCUGACAAGGUGCAGGCUCUAAACGUGGAUGCGAUCAUCCGGGGCGGCCCUCACACGUUUCACAGACCACUGGGCAAGCUCUGGUGCUCAUUGGCUGACUACUACAUCCGCAGUGGGACUUUUGAGAAGGCGCGGGACGUGUACGAGGAGGCCAUCCGAACCGUGAUGACCGUGCGCGACUUCACACAAGUGUUCGACAGCUAUGCACAGUUCGAGGAGAGCAUGAUUGCUGCCAAAAUGGAGACAGCGUCAGAGUUGGGCCGAGAGGAGGAGGACGAUGUGGAUCUAGAGCUGCGCCUGGCCCGCUUCGAGCAGCUCAUCUCGAGGCGGCCACUGCUACUGAACAGCGUCCUGCUGCGCCAGAACCCGCACCAUGUGCAUGAGUGGCACAAGCGCGUGGCCCUGCAUCAGGGCCGACCUCCGCGAGGUAUCAUCAACACUUACACGGAGGCUGUGCAGACCGUGGACCCCUUCAAAGCCACCGGCAAACCGCACACGCUCUGGGUGGCCUUCGCCAAGUUCUAUGAGGAUAAUGGACAGCUGGACGACGCCCGUGUCAUCCUGGAGAAAGCCACCAAGGUGAGCUUCAAGCAGGUGGAUGACCUGGCCAGCGUGUGGUGCGAGUGUGGCGAGCUGGAGCUGCGGCAUGAGAGCUAUGACCAGGCCCUGCGGCUGCUGAGGAAGGCCACAGCACUGCCCGCACGCCGUGCCGAGUACUUUGAUGGCUCGGAGCCGGUGCAGAAUCGCGUGUACAAGUCCCUGAAGGUGUGGUCCAUGCUGGCUGAUCUGGAGGAGAGUCUGGGUACCUUCCAGUCCACCAAGGCGGUGUAUGACCGCAUCCUGGACCUGCGCAUCGCCACCCCACAGAUCGUCAUCAAUUACGCCAUGUUCCUGGAGGAGCACAAGUACUUCGAGGAGAGCUUCAAGGCCUACGAGCGCGGCAUCUCGCUGUUCAAGUGGCCCAACGUAUCGACAUUCUGGAGCACCUACCUGACCAAGUUUAUUGCCCGCUACGGUGGCCGUAAGUUGGAGCGCGCUAGGGACCUCUUCGAGCAGGCGCUGGACGGCUGCCCCCCUAAGUAUGCCAAAACGCUCUACCUGCUGUAUGCACAGCUGGAGGAGGAGUGGGGGCUGGCACGGCACGCCAUGGCCGUGUACGAGCGUGCCACCCGUGCUGUGGAGCCCGCUCAGCAGUACGACAUGUUCAACAUCUACAUCAAGCGCGCCGCCGAGAUCUAUGGCGUUACGCACACGCGUGGCAUCUACCAGAAGGCCAUUGAGGUGCUGUCGGAUGAGCAUGCCCGAGAGAUGUGCCUGCGCUUCGCUGAUAUGGAAUGUAAACUUGGCGAGAUCGACCGUGCCCGUGCCAUCUACAGCUUCUGUUCACAGAUCUGUGACCCCCGGACCACUGGGGCAUUCUGGCAGACGUGGAAGGAGUUCGAGGUGCGUCACGGCAACGAGGACACGAUCCGUGAGAUGCUGCGGAUCCGCCGCAGUGUGCAAGCCACAUAUAACACGCAGGUCAACUUCAUGGCCUCACAGAUGCUCAAAGUGUCAGCCAGCGCCACGGGCACAGUGUCCGACCUGGCCCCUGGACAAAGCGGCCUGGAUGACAUGAAGUUGCUUGAGCAGCGGGCGGAGCAGCUGGCAGCUGAGGCCGAGCGAGACCAGCCCGCACGGGCCCAAAACAAGAUCCUGUUUGUGAGGAGCGACGCGUCCCGUGAGGAGCUGGCACAGCUGGCCCAGCAGGCCAACCCCGAGGAGAUUGAACUGGAUGAGGACGAGGAUGACGAGAUGGAUCUGGAGCCCAACGAGGUGCGGUUGGAGCAGCAGAGUGUGCCGGCCGCCGUGUUCGGGAGCCUGAAGGAAGACUGACCCCCCCCCCCCCCCCACACACACACCCCAAUAAAGCCUUCGUUUGUUUGUA